AUGGCGGACGAGGUGCCAACUCUGGAUAACCUGGGCUCUAUACCACAUUCUCUCUUCUCUGGCACAGUAGCCAUCUUGGCAAUUGUAUGGGUUUCAGCAGCUUUGCGGGUCUAUGUUCGCAGCGUCAUGAUGAGAUCUUUCGGAUGGGACGACUGGACUAUCAUGCUUGCNUACUUACAAUGUGGCUACAUCAUAAAUGUCACCAGAAUGGAACUUCAGCCGCAAAAGUAUAACAACGUUAACGGGAUCUCCGAGCUCGUCACAUCAAGNGAUAUCAUCGCCUUCGCCGGAUCCUACGCGAUCACUGGAGUCUUCCUGAAGAUAUCCUUAGGUUUCUUUUUCUUGCGAAUCAUCAUUGAACCAUGGCAGAGAAUGGCCAUCUACUUCUGCAUGGCCAUCAGCACCGUCUACGGCUUAAUCUACUUUGGCAUCGUCACCUUCGGCUGCGGAGACCCAGAGAAAUACUUGCUACGCACGGUUCAAAACCAAUGCAUAUCAAUCACACAGGUUGUGAUACCUGCCAGUUACGUGCACACAGGCCUCAAUGCAGCUACCGACUGGGUCAUGGCUCUUCUUCCUAUUCUUACCAUCUGGAAACUGAGCAUGCCGCGCAUCACAAAGUUUUGGGCAUAUCUCUUGCUUGGGUUGGGAGCAGCAGGAAGUAUCGUUUCACUGAUUCGUUUCGGAUACGUCGAGGGCAUUCGUCCGGGAAGAGACUUUUUCAAACAAAGCGCCAAAUUCGCUCUCUACAGCAUUUUCGAACCUGGUCUGGGCAUCGCAGCUGUUAACUUUGCAACUCUUAGACCACUGUUUAAAAAGUGCCUCGAGGGAGCAAAGUCAGUCUCUUAUUCUCAGGGUACGCGAAGUGGCGGCAGAAAAACCCCUUCGAUGGUACCGGACAUUCAGCUCAAAGGGCUGCCUAUGUCUCGGUCUCGUCCUGGCGAUGGGUUUCGUGCAUUCGAGUCUUCAGAUGAGGAUUCUCAAGAUUGGACUGAAGUGUCCAUUACAGCUCAAGAUCUGGAGAAAGCGCAUAAUAAUAGAUGGCCGCAAAACUCGCGGCCGUUCUGA